CACAUAUACCCUACCUCUUGAGUGAUAGAGAGAAGCGAAGUGUAAGCCUUCGUUUUCUUCCAUGGAGAAAACGCGAAUCUGCAAGAUCUGCAACAGACGGUUUGCCAAUGGCAAAGCCAUGGGUGGACAUAUGAGAUCUCACCUUGCUAAACUACCCCUUCCUCCAAAACCAAUCCCACCGCAAGAAACUUACAACACUCCUAAAAAAUCACCACCGUCAUCUUCUUCAUUAAACUAUCCUUUACUAUGCAAUAAGCCCACGCAAUCCUCUCGAUCUAUGAAACAGGAAGUCUCCAGUACUGUUUCAAGACCUAAUCUUGCUACUUCUUACGAUGGAGAGAGUGAGACGGAGUCAACAAGGAAACCCACUCGGAGAAGAUCCAAAAGGAGCCGUAAAUCAGCUGAUGAAGUCGCCGAAUCAAUGGUGAAAGUGACCGAGUCAUCGGAGCAGGUAAGUUCCAUAUCUUAUUUAUUGGCCGAAGAAGAUGUUGCUUUGUGUCUCUUAAUGCUUUCAAGGGAUAACUGGUCAGAAGAUGCUAAACAAGUUAAAAAAGAAGUGUGUGAAGACAUAAAGGAUCAUCAACAUGUGAAUGAGGUUGAAAAUUAUGAAAAAGAGGAUUAUUUGUUUGGUGUUACUCGUGCUAAAUACAAAUCACAAGGAAAAUUUAAAUGUGAAACCUGCAAGAAAGGGUUCCAGUCCUAUCAAGCUCUAGGUGGACAUAGAGCUAAUCAUAAAAAGAUAAAAAUACAUGAGGAGCACGAAGAAGGUAAUGUUAUUGGUUGUGGCGAAGACAAUAGAAGUGUUGGGAAAAGAAUUUUCAAGUGCCCAUUUUGUGAUAAAGUAUUUGAUUCGGGGCAAGCACUCGGUGGACACAAGAAAGUGCACUUCUCUUACUUGCCUGUGACUAAUGCUAAAAUCCCCAUUAAUUUGUUAGAUCUCAAUAAGCCAGCUCUCGAAGGUACUCAUGACGAUGGUGAAGUUAGUGAGGCUUGAGGUUUCAACAUCGUGUAAGAAUAUCUUCGAAGUAGAGGGAGUGAUGCAUGAACUGAUUACAUUAGUUUUAUCUUAGUGCAUUGUAGACACAAAGUUUAAACAUAAAUUUUUAAUGGUUUUUGUGAA